AUGAAAGCGGAGCGCUGCGACGUGGAGCUGGGAAAGGCCUGGAAGCGCGCCGGGGUGAAGGUGGCGGACCUGCUGAUUGCCACCGAAUACUUCCUGACCUUCGCCUCCUGCCACCUGGAGCUCGCGCACUCGGACGGGCGCCCGGCGCACGCCAUGCGCUCCGUGAGCGACGGGGCCAAGGUCUUCCUGCUGGACGAGGACUUCAGGCCGCGGCCGCCCAGCGCGGAGGAGCUCACCGGGCUGCUGGGCGUGGCCGGGCCCCAGGUGACGCCUGGCUAUGUGGAACGCGUGGGAGACGGCCCGCCGGUGAUUGGUUCCGGGCCGCUGAGUGCGGACAUGUUCAAGGUCAUCGAUGGAGAAUGGGUGCUGGUGCCGAAGGACAUCAUGAAACGCCGGCCCGACAACAGCUUCGUGUCCGUGGGUCGAGGCGGUGGCACGGUGAAGGUGCGCGGAGGCGUGCUGAUGUCCACCAACACGGUGGAGGUGCAGCUGGAGCACGGCGGGGACGUGGCCGCCUGCUGCAUCACGGAGCCCGUGCACGUGGAGGGCGGCGCAUCCGUGGUGCUCGAACUGCGGGCGGGAGACCAGUGGUCGCUACGGAACAGCCUGCAGCAAGCGAGCUUCCUCCGGAUGCCGGUGCUGUUCGUGUGCAAGAUGCCGCGGAACGAGAGCACAGGCAAGGUGCAGAAGAGUUUGGUCCAGGAGCUGCGGUUGGCGGAGAGCGACCUGGAGGCCUCCCAUCGCCGGCAGCUGCGCCACGCGCAGGCCGCGCAGGCCGCCUGGUACUGGCGGAUCGCCAGGCCGGUUCUCCUAGUCUGCGUGGUGCAGCCGCGAACACUUCUGCGCCUGCUGCAGGCCGUGUACCACCCCAAGAGCUUCCUCUUCGCAUUGCUGGGCAUUGCUCCGGAGGGCGUCCUGCAGUUCGCGCUAGCUGCCUGGAGCUACGGCGCCUUGGCGCAAGCCAAGCAGCUGGGUGCCUGGAGCCCGCUGGCGGGCCUGCCCGGGCUUGCGCUGGCCGCCUCCCCCGUGUCCUUGGCGUCGGCGGUUCUGGUGGCGCUGGUGGCGCUUUGGAAAUGCGAAGGAAAAAGCAAAGAGCUGGAACGGCUGCAGGCGCUGCGUGACCAGGUUGGAAGCUUGCGGCUCUGCAUCUCUUUGGCCCUGGUGGUGCGGGCCCUGCCGCAGGAGGUUACUUGGCUCUACUCCCUCGGGCUUUGGGUGCUGUACACCUGCAACCGGAGGCUCACGACAAAAGAAGGCUGGCCACAGAAGCUCUGGAGCUUUGCAGCCAGCGCCUGCGAGUCGGCGCGCUACAUGGCAUGCUUCCCAGUCCUGUUUGCUCUUGCGCUGCCCAGCAUCGUUCAGGACCAGUUCAAGGACUUUUCCUGGCGCCAUCUGCCAGAAGCUCCGAGCCCCUGCGCUCGGGACCAGGUGGGCGCUGGCUAUAAGGGCGCUUUUGCGCAGAUGCAGCGCGUGAGCGGCGGCAUGUGGCGGAAGCGGAUCUGGGUGGAGACGGACUACGUGCCGCAGGACCCUACCAGCAUGCAGGAGGCACCACGAGUUCUGGCCGCGGCAACGGGGGCGCAGCAGCUGGCGCAGCAAUUAGCGCGCCAGGCGGGCGUGGACUUCCGCAGUGUGGACUCCCUGCGCAUCGCCCGGCUGUCGGUGCUGCUCAAGAAGUACAUGCGGCCCAAGAGUGGUUCAGAGCCCUUGGAGUUCAAUGAGCUGAGAGAGGCCUGCAGUGAGGAGGCCAGCUUCCUGCAUCUGGCGGAGGAGCGGCUGGAGGUUGGAGCGCAGGAGGAGGCCAGCGGCCCCCAAACGAGCCUGCUCGGCCGGCUGCGGCGAUGGUUGACCGGAGUCAGGAUCCACCGCGAGGGCGCGACCAACGCGCCGUGGGACUGCCAGGUGGAUGUCCUGUUGCGGCGGGAGGGGAGGCAGCUCCAGCUGCCGAUGUUGCGCGAAGCGCUGGAGGCGGUGCUGAGGCAGCAGCCCAUGCUGCGCGCCCAAGUGCCCCCGGACGAUGGAACGGACCUGCAGCUGCUGAACGGGCGGAACGGACUCUCCACCACGGUGGCGUCGGUGUGGUCCAUGCUCGGCGAGCUGGGCCUCUUCGAGUCUAUGCCGCUCCUGGGGAGCGCCGUCUCAGCAGCGAUUUGGCAGUGCUGGCCCCGCACGGUGAUCCUGGAAGAUGCCCCGAGCUUCGAGAUCCCAGUGCUGUCCAGGACUACUGGCAAAGUGGACGCGGACGAGGUCUAUAGUGUGCUGAACGAGUCCGGCUGGGGCUGGUGGAAGUCCGCCUCGGCGCUGAACCUGUGCCUCGUGAACCUGGAGAGUGAGGGCACCAUCACCUCCUUCCUCUACUGCAGCGUCACCCACAAGUACGGCGACGGGGGUGCGGCCGCCGCCUUGGUCACUGCUCUGGGAGAGGCCUAUGACACCUUGGCUAAUGGCGGCGCGCUGAGCAGCGCUGAGCACCCGGUGGAAACGGUGAACCAGCAGAGGCUCUGGAAGUACCUGACCAGCCCGGGACAGGAGGGCCAGGUGGACAUGUAUCUCUUCGACAUCGUCAGUGACAUGCACAACCACGCCUAUGGCCAAAGCGUGGGUGUGGACCUGGGCGCCUCGGUCUGCGACCUGCUGCGCGCCGCCGCGCUCCGCCUCAGCUGCAGCGAGGAGAUCGCUUGGCUGAGCUGCCUCUCCUGCGCCAUGCUCAGGCUGCUACCGGACGAGAAACUCCUGAAAAUCAUGCUGGUGCACAACGGCAGGCUUGGGGAUGCGGAGGGAGCUGUCGCUUGUGUCUCCAAUUACGUCAUGAUCACGAUUCCCUGCUUGGAUCGCUACAACACACCGCUGGCGGAUGUGUGCAGCCGCGUAAAGCACGCGGUGACCCAUGGUCAGUUUCGGCGGCCCAGCCCCUGCGAGCAAGCGCAUGCGCGCAUCAACAUCGGCGGGAUGAUUGGCACGGACGGUCAGUUCACGCAGCUCUUCCGAAGCCCUCGUGGAGGGAGGGAGCCUGGCUGGUCGAGGGCGCCCUAUGUCAUCCAGCUGCGUAUGGACAACGAGGGCGGCAUUUGGUGCGUCAAAGACUUCAAGUGCCACCAGAUGCUGGAUGCCAGCACCUACUGGACCUCUGUGGUCUGCGCGGCUCAAGAGAUCGCCGAGGGAUGCUUUACCAACCCCUUGGCGGAGUGAGCAUCGCCGCUGCCGUUGGGGGCUAUUGGCCGUGUAAAACAGGACCUUUGACACCAAAAAGCGUGUUCAAGUGAAUAAGUGGAGUACACAGGACUAGAAGGAAACCACC